AUGGACAGCCUCAACAGCGUUGAGAAAGCAUGGAGCAUGUAUACCCUUUCCGGUUUCGUGACAGUCGACCCCUCCGCCUUCAGGACUGUUCCCAAUGACAAUGUUAUUCCUGGCAUGAAGAAUGUGUAUAUGCCCUCUGCCUUCCACCAGCUUCAUUGCCUCAAGGCACUUCAAGUGCUCUAUACAACCGCAACAAAUAGCGAGAUCUAUGACCAUGACCACAAACAUACGGCUCACUGCUUUGACUACCUUCGCCAGGGAGUGCUAUGUGGCGGGGACAUGACCCUUGAAUCUAAGGGUGGCACGGCCACACAUACUUGUCGUUCCUGGACGCAGAUUGAGCAGUGGCAGCAAAAGCAUUUAGUCGGGUCAUAG